AUCGGUUUGGGUGCAAUUUAGUGUGAAUGAAAGGAGCACGUGCAGCAUCAGCAUGGCGGGCUUCGAUCAGCUGAUCGAUAAUCAAUGCUGUUUGUUCUGUACGUUUGUUUUGCUCGGCACGCCGGCCCGGGCAGGCGGAGCCGCCUCUGUGUCCUCCUGGCUCGUUAUCUAAUCGAGUCGAACAAAACAAAGCCAGCCAGGUGUGUGGUCACCUUUGGGCCCAGUCUCUGACUUCAGCCCCCCCCCGCGGGUGGUCAGCCUCCCCUCGCCCCGGUGACCCCGCACUCCUCCUCCGCAGUGUUUACAGGCUGUCGGGGGCAGAGCUAACAUGCUAACAAACAAGCUGGCAGGUGAAGCUGCACGAGCCGUCACCUCUGAGAUCAGGUGACAACCUCUCAGCCUCCCCGCAGUGAGAGCCGUUAACCGCAGCUUUAAACCCGGCGGCAGCACCCAGGAGGAGGAGGUGCUCAGUGAGAAGCAUGGACAUGAGUCCAUCACAGGGAUAGCUCAGAGUCACAGAGGCUGAGCAGGUUUGAGCAUGGGCAGAGGAUGGCGGCUGAAGAUGGAGCUGCCAGGCGGGCGGAGGAGAGGAAGAUCUGAGGAGGCUCAUGAUGCAGUGAAGAAGAAGAGGAGGAGUCGCCGCCCUGCUGGCCAGCAGAGAGAAUGCAGAAAAGAAAAGCAGGGGCUCCUUCACCGCUGACGUCAACCGCUCCACAAACGUCAUCUCCCAGAGUUCACAGCGCUGUCGCAUACCGGCACAUGCGCGUCCAGGCGGUGUUCGGGGUCGGCUAUCAUGGCGACGUACGUGGACAUCCUGAAGAGCGAGUUUCCUGAGAUCGACGCGGAGCUGUUCGACUACAUCACAGGGGUUCUGGAUGGCGGCGGGGCGGAUUUCGAGGACAGCGAGGAGGUUUACGAAGCGGUCGGCGGCGUGCUGCAGGAGGUGUCAGCUGACAGUAAAAACGAAGAUGACAUCCGAGACAUCUGUCUGCAGAUGUUCAACACGCUGAAACUAAACCACCACCGCGGCGCUCAGAGGCAGGUGCUGCUGGACGCUCCCGUGCAGCUCUCCCAGAUCUCUGCAGACAGCGUUUCUGCAGCCAAAGACGCUGAGGGCAUCUGGAUGAUGAGACGUGCUCAGAACACGACGGUCGACGCCAAGAAGCUGGAGAAAGCCGAGGCGAAGCUGAAAGCCAAACAUGAGCGCAGGAGCGAGAAGGACUCGCAGAAGGCCUCCAGCCCACUAGUCCUGGAGGAGGCGUCGGCCAGUCAGGCCAGCAGUAAGAAGGACAGCCGAGUCGACCAAUCGGGGAAGAACCGCAGCUACGACAUCCGCAUCGAGAACUUUGACGUGUCCUUCGGAGAGAGAUGUCUGCUGCAGGGGGCGGAGCUGAGCCUGGCGUCGGGCCGGCGGUACGGCCUGAUCGGCCGCAACGGCCUGGGGAAAACGACGCUGCUGAAGAUGCUGGCAAGUCGCAGUCUCCGUGUCCCGGCUCACAUUUCCAUCCUGCACGUGGAGCAGGAAGUGGCAGGGGACGAAACGUCGGCGCUGCAGAGCGUCCUGGAGAGCGACACGGUGCGGGAGGACCUGCUGGGCGAGGAGAGGAGGCUGAAUGCUCGCAUCGCCAAUGGAACUGCCGACGGGAUGGAGAGCGUGCGGCUGUCCGAGAUCUACGGAAAGCUGGAGGAGAUCGAAGCUGACAAGGCGCCGGCCCGAGCGUCUGUCAUCCUGGCUGGUCUUGGAUUUUCUCCCAGAAUGCAACAGCAGGCCACAAAGUGAAUGACGGGAGUCUACAGAUCGAUGCUCAGCUGAUGAUUUCUUCUUCUCUGGUUUCUUUUCUGCAGGCCCGACCUCCUGCUGCUUGAUGAGCCCACCAACAUGUUGGACGUCAGAGCUAUUCUGUGGUUGGAGAACUACCUGCAGACCUGGCAGUCCACCAUCCUGGUCGUCUCCCACGACAGAAACUUCCUGAAUGCCGUGGUCACAGACAUCAUCCACCUGCACUCCCAGAGGCUUGACAGUUACCGCGGCAACUACGAAAAUUUUAUUAAAACCAAAGAGGACCGACUGAAGAACCAGCAGAGAGAGUACGAGGCCCAGCUGCAAUACAGACAGCACAUACAGGUUUUCAUCGACAGAUUUCGGUACAACGCUAACCGAGCAGCUCAGGUGCAGAGUAAACUCAAACUCCUGGAGAAGCUACCUGAGCUAAAGCCCAUCGAGAAGGAAAUUGAAGUCACGCUCAGGUUUCCAGAUAACUUUGAGAAGUUAUCUCCGCCCAUCCUGCAGCUGGAUGAAGUCGAGUUUUACUACAGUAAAGACCAGCCGCUGUUCUCCGGACUCAACCUGUCAGCUGACCUCGACUCUCGGAUCUGCAUCGUCGGUGAAAACGGUGCUGGUAAAACCACCGUCCUCAAGUUGCUGAUGGGCGAGUUGACCCCGGUCAACGGAGUCAGGCAGGCUCACAGGAACUUGAAGAUCGGUUACUUCAGUCAGCACCAUGUGGACCAGCUGGACCUGAACGUCUGCUCUGUGGAGCUGCUCCUCAACAAGUUCCCCGGUCGGACCGAGGAGGAGUACCGCCACCAGCUGGGAGGUUACGGUAUCACGGGAGAGCUGGCCACGAGGCCGGUGGCCAGCCUAUCAGGAGGACAGAAGAGCCGCGUGGCCUUCGCUCAGAUGACCAUGCCAUGCCCAAACUUCUACAUCCUGGACGAGCCGACCAAUCACCUGGACAUGGAGACCAUCGAGGCGCUCGCUAAGGCUCUGAACAAAUUCAAGGGCGGGGUCAUCCUGGUGUCACAUGACGAGCGUCUGAUCAGGAUGGUGUGUAAGGAGCUGUGGGUGUGUGAAGGCGGGAAGGUGCGGCGCAUCGACGGCGGGUUCGAUGAGUACCGGGACAUCCUGCACGAGCAGUUCAAGAAGGAGGGUUACCUGUGACGCUCCACCCACUGCUUACUGACCGUACCCACCACUGACAUAACCACGCCCCCUCCAUUAUGAUGUGUCGCAGCAGCUAAUCGGCAUCUAGAGCGGACCGGAGGACUUUUUCUUCUCUGAACUCUCACCUGCUGCUCAGGUGAUCUGCUGCAAGCUGAUUGGCUGCGAACUCUGCGGGGAGAGGGGUCACCCAGAGCGGCUCGGCGUUUAUUUAACGAGUGAACCUGUCGUCUGUCUGUCGUCUCAGCUGAUUGUGUUUUGUAUGGCAGCGGUUUCCUGCGAGCUGAUGUCACAGUGACAUCAGACACAAAACAAAUAAAAGAAUCAUAUCACG